CUUUGAAAGAGACCGAACAAUAUGCGUCUGACAUGUGCCUCAUUAUGUUUAAUAGGUUUAUUUGUCCAAAAAGCUACCUCUGUGUCAUUGUCGUAUCCAUUUAACGGGGGGACUAUAACAGCGGGAAUAUCCUUUCAAAUUGACUGGCAACCGGACGGAUUACCCAGUCUCUCAGGUGAUGGAUCGAUGGAUAUUCUUCUUGUUACUGAUAUUUCAGCAUCUAAGGUGGUAGCCGUAUUGGAUUCAAACGUUUCGCCUUCAGGGUUGUUUACCUCGGCGACUGUCCCACUAACUGUCACAAAUGGAGCGUAUUACAUCCAACUCAAAGUGACAAGCGGUAAUGAAAAGACUGCAGUCAACGGGCCAUUCAUUAUUACUGGUGGAUCGCAAAGCAGCAGUAGCUCUAGUGCAAACAGCUCUCAGACUUCCAAUGCAGAUGCAAGUAACUCUCAGUCUUCUAGUACAGCCACACAUACCGUUACAAAUGCAUCGGCAACAUACAAUUCCCCAGAAUCGUCAUCCCUAUCAAAAGGCGCAAUUGCUGGUAUAGCAGUUAUAAGUGUCGUUGUGAUGGUCGCAGCAAUCGGUGGAACAAUUUUCUGGUGGCGCAAGAAAAACAGGCUUGUAGAUGCCAUCACAACAAAGUUCGAGAAUGAAGCUAAGUUUUAUGAUCGACAAGCUCAGAUGAACGAUGUGCAACCUACUAGUGGUGGUACUCCUUCACCAACUUCACCACAGGCUACAAGUUAUAAUGCUUCAUUUCAAAAUACCAACGCAUUGAGCACCGAGCCAUAUAACUAUGUAGCCGGCCCUAACUAUGCUGUAGAUCAACAGAGUCAAAUACCACUACAAUCCCCACCUGCAUAUUAUCCGAGUGCUCACAUUCAUAAUUCCGCCACUGCAUAUCCCAUUCCUAUGCCUAUGCCUGUUCCAUUUGUUAGGCAACAAGAGGAGCCACAUCACCAGCAGUCGAUAUACGAUGCAUAUGUCAGCAACGCCGGAAAUCCAGCUAUGACUGACUCCAGUAGAAUGGAAGUCAGCACUAUAUCUUCUGCACCAAAUACCAAUGACACAUCCUCAUUGUUGAACAGUGCGGUUCAACAAAGUUCCAUCCGCCAUGUGCCGCAUACUCCAGACGAAGUUGUUACUUCACCACCACAUCUAAAUGAUGCACAACAUCCUCCACAUACUGCAUAAUUUGAUUUCUAUCUGCCAAGACAGACGUUGAUGCCGUCUACAGCUAUAUUGAGCAAUCCAGAAUGGCUGAGAGAUUGGAGGUCACAACCUUAAGCCAAUAACACUUUCAAUACAAAAACACAAUGUGAUUGCCAACAGUUGAAACAUUGCCCAUAACGACUGUCCAUCUUGAUUUUAAUCAAACCGCUCACAUCCCAAGAGAACUCGUAAAAACUACUAAAUGCGAGUCGCCUUUUACUAUUUCAUAAUCUAUCGCUUGUCUUUCUUCGUUGGCCUAUUAAUUACGUGAAUGGGCAUUGCGUACUGAUACAUUGGUCAAAUAAUAAAGAUCUGUACAGCCCUUAACAUCAUUAUAUGAAGUAGCGAUCCAUGCUGCUAUGAACUAAUGACCUUCACGUCAACACUCUCCUACCCUUAUGCUAUCAUUUUUGACCUGAAGACGCUCUUGAAAGUCUAUCAACUUACCCCCUGUGGAUUGUU